AUGAACUCCAGCUCCCAAGUUUUUAUCACCAAAACUCUCCUUGGAGAAUACCAGGACAUUCUGGCCAUUUCCUGUGACAGCUUUGACGAGGACACCAACCAGACUAUUGGCAGAGCCCAUGGCAGGAAGAGCCACCUGGACAACCUCUUCAAGGUCCGUGACUGGUGCCGGAAGUACAAAGUGGCGUUCAAAAUCAACUCUGUGAUCAACACCUUCAAUGUGAAUGAAGACAUGAGAGAAAACAUCACAGAACUCAACCCUGUACGCUGGAAGGUGUUCCAGUGUCUGCUGAUCGAUGGCGAGAACAGUCUGAGGGAGGCAGAGAGGUUUCUCAUCAGCGACCAGUAUUUUCAGGUCUUCCUGGAAAGGCACAGCAGCAUUAGCUGCCUGGUACCAGAGGCCAAUCAGAAGAUGAGAGAUUCCUACCUCAUUCUGGAUGAAUAUAUGCGUUUCCUGGAUUGCCGAGAGGGGAGGAAAGAUCCAUCCAAGUCCAUCCUUGAUGUUGGCGUGGAAGAGGCCAUUCAGUUCAGUGGCUUUGACGAGAAGAUGUUCCUAAAGAGAGGAGGGAAAUAUGUGUGGAGCAAAGCUGACAUGCGGCUCGAGUGGUGAUCCACACAUUAUAAUCAGUUAUUGCUGUCACGCCCUGGUCUUAGUAUUUUGUGUUUAUAUAUUUAUUUGGUCAGGCCAGGGUGUGACAUGGGGUUA